AGUCCCAGCUGGACUACUGAUCAUGUUAGCUUACCACCUCUUCCUCCUCUUCAGGUACCUCAAUAAGCCUCUCUCCACAUCCAUAGGUUACGAAAACAACGACAAGCGAAUUUGCAUUGGAAAAAUCUUGCAGCUGCAGGGUGAUGAUCUUAGAAAGAGUGUUAAAACAGCUCUCAAUGUGAUUUCCUCCAGUACAACUGCAACUAUUUACUUGGCAACAAUCUCAUUGACUCUCUGCUCACUUAUUGGAGCUUGGAUGGCAAACAACACAACCACUUUCUUCCUCAGAGAACUAAUAUACGGCAACAAAAGUGCCUCGAUUCUUUCGAUCAAGUUCAUAUGCCUCUUAACUUGUUUUCCCAUUGGUUUUUCAUGCUUUGUUCAAUCAGCUAGGAACUUUGUCCAUUUGAACUUCUUAUUAAGCACUCCGGGAGUUUCUGCUAAAUCUGAUGCAAAGAAGGUUGAGAAGGCAGUUUAAAGAGGCAAUGAACUUUGGUUACUUGGGCUUAGUUUAUAUUGUGCCCUUAAUUUUCUCUCGUG